GGAAUGUUUCGAUGGUGAGCACCUGCUCGCUACUGCUGCUUUCCGCGAGUUUCCUGAGGAUGCCUUCCGCAGCGUGAAAGUUCUUCUGGAAAAAGGCUUUGUGGAUGCGACACGGUUCGAUGUCAGUUGCUUGAUGUAUGUACCGGAGUGCAGCUGGCAAACGGUCGCUUCUCGGCUGGAAUCACCAUUUUGGAUGCGAUUCACGCCGCCACUGGACGGUGAGCCACAUUUAUCUCUAGUUGGUGAGCCAGACCUCUUGAGAUACAAAUGUAUACUUCGGCAUUGACUCUUAGAGCAGCGGCAAUAUCUCAAAGAAAUGGCGCACAUGAUUCUGAAAGCUUCGGGAAGCAUCAACGAACUAGACGUUUUCAGAGUGACAAAUGAAGCCACUCAAGAAGCUUGCUGCGAAUUUUUGCACUACAAUACCGCAGCCUACGAUAGGCUUGCCCGUGUCUAUCUUCUCAAAAUGGCGGAAAUACCGCCCGAGUGGGUCCGGAAGCGCGUGUCGCAAGGCUUCUCUAUUGGUGGGUCGCACCUAAAAUACAUCCUCAAAAAUUGGCUAUGUCGCCUGCCGACCGGGCUGGACGGGUUCACCAACUGUGACGAGGCCGACACGGCGUAUAUCGACGACCAUCCCAUGAUCUGGCUACUGAACGUGAUACCAUCUUCGCGAUUGUUUCUGCGUAAGUUUCGUGACUAUGGCUACGACGGGCUUCUCCCGGUCGUUCUGCAUGCCGGCCUGAGAUUCGAGCUAAAGGACGUGUGCGCAUUUUUUGAGAAACGACCCCUGGCUUUCCUCAAAGACCUUCUCGGGGCGGACGAAAGCUGCUUUUUUCGCGACUCGGACGGUCUGCUCCCUUUUGAUCCGCGCAAGGGGCCAGCGCUCUAUGAAGCGGCGUUGGCACGGAGCGGACCUUGCGGGCGUAGUAAGCCAGACGUCCUCAGGCUCUUGGCGGAGGACGUUCGGGUGAUACCGUCUGAGGAGAACAUAUCCGGUGUUGCUCGGUUGCUGUUACCACGUACUGUGCGAACCAUGCUGGACAUUGCCCGUGACAGCUUACCACGAGACGAUUUUGCGGAGAUGCUUGCCUCUCUGGCUUCUUGCUGGGAUGACGCGAACACUUUGGUUGCUCAGGUGGAGGGAGACUUUGACCCGUUGUUGAAGAGGCACGCGGCCACAAGGAUGGUUAGAGUCUUUGCGGACCGCCAAAGGGAAGCACGCCAAGCUGAUGGGAGCCUUUGACGCGAGCUUUGGAACCAAGAAAAUGCAUGGUGUUGGGCAGGGCAGGUUCCCACCCGACAUAUCAUCUAUUCCAACGUCCACCGAUGGGACUUUCGUUCACCAUCUGGAUAUUGUGAGCGAUCGCGAGCCGCCUUGCUUCCUGCUGGGCUUCUACCAUGCAGCAUGUAAAUUUGAUUCGGGGCGGUCGUCACUUCACGUCUCAAUGGCGACUACGGGCUUCCACCAUGCAGGCAACGACCCGUUUGGCAAGGUCAAGCUCCAACCUUGGUC